GACAGUUUGAGGUCUGGCUGGACUCACUUUGCAUACUUGCCAGAUCAUUCAAACUGCCUGACGAUCACUGCACAUAUUAGGGACCCUCUUUCAGCCCCCAUGGCCACUAUUAUCACAGACUCACAGAAGCCUUUCUCUCUGGACCCCUACCAUGUCUCUGAGGAGUUUGGCUUCAUCCUCCCUGCACCCCUGGUAGGUACAGCCUCCUUAUCUUAUGGGAUACCCAUUGCAUUUGUAAUCAGCGUCAGUCAUUAGUUGGCAUUUGUUGAAUAUCAUUACGGCUGUUGCUUAUAGUCAUUAUUUCUUGUUUGUUAAAUCAAAGUAAGUGGAAAGUAAGUAGUAUUGAUAUAUUUUGAUAUGUGGUAAGCAGGUUGUAACUUUCUCAGCCUCAGACAGUGACAUUAGCUUCCCUGAUACCCCCAAAUCAAGCUGUGGUUUAGACUGUAUUGGUGUUUUUGAAUUUGGAGUGCAGAGUGCAGAUGAGAGCAUUCCAAUCCAGGCAAGGUUGAUACAUGCUACACUUUGUUGUGGCAGAAUUGGGGUGAGCUGGUGCCACCUCUCAAGGGUUAUGUUAUUGUUCUGUGUUGGACUUUGAUGUUAUGCAUUUCAUAGACUCCUGUUAUGUCUGCACCCUAACACAAGGCCAUUGUGUUCUGGAAUUGUUACUUGCAUAAAAUAACUGUUGUGUAACAAUAUGAUUGUAUUAUCACCUCCCACUAUAUAAGGGACAUGUAAUCAUUUACUCUUGGAGCUCCUUCCCUGACUGCGAUCAGAGACGGAUCUACCUUGCAGCUGCUCGUAUGCAUUAAAAUAUUCACUAUUAAACCAUAAAAUUAGUCUCUGCCUAAUCUUUGGAUUGAGUUUUCCACAACAACUUGCAAUUGGCAUCCUUUGUGUUUGUCCUGUAAGUGAACUUUAUCCUUUAUCCUUGACAAAGCAACGCAUUGAUGUCAUGAUGAAACAGCAAGAUUGAUUUCUAACUACUGAUAUGUCCAAUGCAUCAUUUGGAAUACAUAAAAUGUGUGGAAUAGAUUUCAUAAGCUUGUUUGACACUUUCCACAGUUGCUUGUGGUUUAGGCGUACUCUGCAUAACCUGAAAGAUAACCUAUGCAGCACCUGAUACGAGACAGAGCAUCCAACAAAAUGAUUCAAUGAGGGACAAUACAUUGACACUUUUCAAUAUGACUCAAUACCCUAAAGACAGAGUUGCUGCCAUACUACCAGCCCUGGAUGGACAUUGCCCAGCAUGUUACAGAGCUCAUCUACUCUCACACGCUGCGCUCCCACAUUCUCAAGGUAAGGCUCUGUCUAUGCUGUAAAACUCAGCUGAUCAGUAAACAGGGAUCAAAUAGGGGGGAAUGGAUUGGAAUUCCACCACCUGGUUGAAUUCCACCAACUUGGUUUGGAAGACAUUAUACAGUGAAAAUGAAAUAGAUUUAUACGUUCCACAGCUUUUGGUGACAGUUCCACAUAAACAAUCUAAACUGUUAAUAACAAUGUGUGACUUCACCUGCGCAGAGAAGACAAAAGAUACAUCUGAUUUGAUCAUGAAGAUAAUUAUUUUAUAUUAAUUUAAUUGAUUAAUUACAUACACAUGAAGUGUUCAAAUAUCAAAACAAGUAAAAUGGGUAAUUUUCAAUGUUUCAAGCAUAGUGUAUUCAUAAUUAUUAACAUUUGUACGUGAUAGUGUCAGCUCCAUUCUUCCAUUUACUCACUCAGAUGCCCCUGCUGAACACCCAAUUCCUGGAGAGCCACAGAGAACUGCGUCUGGCCCAUUUGGCCCUGAGUGUGAUGACCAUGGGCUACGUUUGGCAGGAGGGGGAGCAUGACACAGUCAAGGUUUUUCACCAACCCUUCUUAUUAUGAAUGUUCUGGAGUGUGAAGUGAGACACAGUAAUGAUGUAACUUUUAGAUUGUUUUGGGUAAAGGCUUUCUUCCAGUAUCACAGCAGGUGACAAAAUAGCUGAACAUUUCCUAAUACAGUUGUUCUCAAUCGCGUACAAAAAUGUUUUGAAACUGUGGUUAAAUGUACCUAUAGCAGAAGAACAACGUUCAAAUGCUUAAAUACAUUUGCAGAAUGUCUGAUCAUGUUCUUGCCUUUGUAGCUGGAUUGCAUAUCUUACACCCACAUUCGUAAAACUUUAAAUACAAUUGUGAUCAAAAUUCACUGUAAAGUGUUUUGUUCACAGAAUAUCAACACGUAGCUCCUAGUUGCCAGUGAUUUUAAUGCAGGAAAACUAAAAUCUGUCUUACCUACUUUCUACCAGCAUGUCACCUGUGCAACUAGGGACAAAAAACUCUAGAUCACCUUUACUCCACACACAGAGACGUACACAAAGCUCUCCCUCGCCCUCCAUUUUGCAAAUCUGACCAUAACUCUAUCAUCCUGAUUCCUGUUUACAAGCAAAAACUCAAACAGGAAGUACCAGUGACGCGCUCCAUAUGGAAGUUGUCCGAUGAAGCGGAUGCUAAGCUACAGGACUGUUUUGCUAGCACAGACUGGAAUAUAUUCCGGGAUGGCAUUGAGGAGUUUACCACAUCCGUGUCACUGGCUUCUUUAAUAAGUGCAUCAACGACGUUGUCCCCACAGUGACCGUACGUACAUAUCCCAAACAUAAGCCAUGGAUUACCGGCAACAUCCUUACUGUGCUAAAGGCUAGAGCUGCCUCUUUCAAGGAGCGGGACACUAAUCCGGACGCUUAUAAGAAAUCCCGCCAAGCCAUCCGACGAGCCAUCAAACAGGCAAAGCAUCAAUACAGGACUAAGAUCGAAUCCUGCUACACCGACUCUGACACUCGUUGGAUGUGGCAGGGCCUGCAAACUAUCAUGGAUUACAAAGGGAAACCCAACCGCGAGCUGCCCAGUGACGCGAGCCUACCAGAUGAGCUAAAUGCCUUCUAUGCUUGCUUCGAGGCAAGCAACACUGAACCAUGCAUGAGAGCACCAGCUGAUCCGGAUAACUGUGUGAUCUAGUUAUUUACAGUUCGCAAACAAUUCUCAUUUUGCUACCUCGAGAGUCAUGGUUCGUUUUUAUGAGUGACUCAUUCAUUUUUGUAAUUCAUUUGACCUGCUAGUGCUGGCCGCAAUAAGUCAUACAGCAGGAUUAAUACAUGCUCCUCGGGCUCAGCGGCUCCAGAGACAAUGUUUAGAACUGAUAAUUGAUUGUAUGGUGCAAGAAUGAAUGCAAAAAAUUGAUUAUUGAAUGCUAUGAUGGACACAGCUUUGUAGAACCAAAACAUACACAGCCUCUGCUCAACAGACCCGAACUCGAGAACGAAUCGUUUGGGGGACUGCAGUUUGCGAACGACAUUGUGCUUAUCACCCUCACGGCAGUCAAGCAGUGCAUUCCGCCAAGAGUCGUUCACAAUUGAGUCCGGUUGCGGCCACAACUAGACCUUGUUUCAAAUGUACAGUAUCAAGAAAUAAUCGUAUUUGUUUGCCUAGCAAUCAACAAAUGUACAUUGUUUAAAGCACACGUUUACAAGUCUCAGUCACAAAUGACAGCUCAAAUAAGCUCCCUAUGGUGAAUGACAUGUGAACGAGAGGCUUGAGGAAUCUCGACUAUUUCGAGUUUUUAGUUCAUGGUUCGCCAGGUAGGUGGUCCUGCCUGCUCCCUAUGGCGAAUGAGAUGUGAAUGAGAGGCUUGUAAAAUCAUGACUCUUUUGAGUUUUCAGUUCAUCGUUCACCGAUAGGGGGUCCUGCUUGCUCUGGGCAUUACUGACUCCAAUGAACGAAAUCAGUCAAAAUAUUAAUUAUUUUGACCGAACAAGUCGAAAAGAUCUGAGUCAGUAAAAAGAGCUGAACUUCCCAUCACUAGUGUGAUCACACUCUCCAUAGCCGAAGAGUAAGACCUUUAAACAGGUUAACAUUCACAAGGCCGCAGGGCCAGUUGGCAAGUGUCUUCACUGACAUUUUCAACCUCUCCCUGACCCAGUCUGUAAUACCUAUAUGCUUCAAGCAGACCACCAUAGUCCCUGUGCCCAAGAACGCCAAGGUAACCUGUUGAAAUGACUAUCGCCCCAUAGCACUCACAUCUGUAGCCGUGAAAUGCUUUGUAAGGCCGGUCAUGGGAUCAGCACCAUCAUCCCAGACACCCUGGACCCACUCCAACUACAGCUCAGCGUUCAACACCAUAGUGCCCUCCAAGCUCAUCACUAAGCUAAUGACCCCGGGACUGAACACCUCCCUCUGCAACUGGAUCUUGACGGGCCUCCCCAGGUUGAGGGUAGGCAUCAACAUAUCCGCCAUGCUGACCCUCAACAUGGGGGGCCCUCAGGGGUGCGUGCUUAGUCUCCUCCUGUACUUCCUGUUCACCCACGACUGCGUGGCCGCGCACGACUCCAACACCAUCAUUAAGUCUGCCGACAACACAACGGUGGUAGGCCUGAUCACAGACGAUGAUGAGACAGCCUAUAGGGAGGAGGUCAGAGACAUGGCAGUGUGGUGCCACGACAACAAUCUCUUCCUCAACGUCAGCAAAACAAAAGAGCUGAUCGUGGACAACAAGAAACGGAGGGCCGAGCGCACCCCCAUUCAUAUCGAGGGGGCUGUGGUGGAGCAGGUCGAGAGCUUCAAGUUCCUCGGUGUCCACAACACUAAGGACCUAUCAUGGUCCAAACACACCAACACAGUGGUGAAGAGGGCACUACAACGCCUCUUCCUCCUCAGGAGGCUGAAAAGAUUUGGCAUGGGCCCUCAGAUCCUCAAAAGGUUCUACAGCUGCAGCAUUGAUGGCAUCUUGACCGGCUGCAUCCCUGCUUGAUAUGGCAACUUCUUGGCAUCUGACCAUAAGGCGCUACAGAGGGUAGUGCCUAUGGUCCAGUACUUCACUGGGGCCGAGCUCCCUGCCAUGCAUUUACAAACUUAUGUAAAUUAGAUAUUUCUGUAUUUAAUUUUCAAUACAUUUGCAAACAUUUCUAAAAACAUGUUUUCACGUUGUGUGUAGAUAGGUGAGAAAAAAUAUAUUUAAUCAAUUUUAAAUUCAGGCUGUAACACAACAAAAUGUAGAAUACGUCAAGGGGUAUGAAUACUUUCUGAAGGCACUGUACAUGUACAUAUUAACACAAUUACCUCAACUACCUUGUACCCCUGCACAUUGACUCUGUACCGGUACUCCUUGUAUAUAGCCUCGUUAUAUUUAUUUUAUUGUGUUACUAUUUCCUGUUUUUUAUUUGCUGAUUUUUCUUACUUUUUAUGUCUGCAUUGCUGGGAAAGGGCUCGUAAGUAAAUAUUUCACAGUCUACACCUGUUGUAUUCGACGCAUGUGACAAAUUCGAUUUUAUUUGAAUAAAUCCUGCGCACAAUGUGCUUGUUUUCCAUUUUCUUCUUGAUUAGGAAUCCUAUUUUAUUUAACGUGUAUGAAAGUGUUUGGUGAAAUAUGCAUAAGAGGAGAGUAAUUACGAUAAUUCUGCACCUUUUGAUAGUUAUAUUUCAAAUUUUGAUCAUCAUGUUUUAAUAACUGCAAAGAAAAUUUAUUGAUCUACUGGGAUUUUUUAAAGACAGACUAACUUCUGUUUUGUCUGCAUAGACUCAAGAGACAAGUAUCGUUGCAUUAAUGUUUUGCAAUUUUGACGGUAUAAUAUAGUUUUGAUGAAUGUAUUUAUGUUUUUAGAAGAUAACUACAUUUUGAAAAUGCAUUUACUGUUUUAUAAAAGGCCACAGAGUUCUGUGUCUUGUGGACUCUAUUUUGUAAAUCAAAAACGCGAUUGAGAAAAACUGUAAUAUCGUCCUACUGUAAAUCAAAGGUCAAAAUAUCCAGCAACUUUGGCACCUUCAGGUUUGAGAUAUGGAACACCAACAAAUCGUUACUGGAUCCAAACACAUUAGGGACUUACUAUAUGUACAUUGACUUUCUGUAAACAUAACCCCAGUCAUCAUGCAAUGCACCGAGAGUAUCAUCAGGAGAAUAAUAGCAAGUCCCUCUGAUAUGAACUCUUAUCUCCCAUAAGAUGCUCCCCCGCAACCUGGCCAUUCCAUACUGGAAGGUGUCUCAGCGUCUAGGCCUUCCUCCCAUCCUUACCCAUGCAGACGCAGUACUGGCUAACUGGAAGAAGAGGGAUCCACAUGGGUAAGAUUGGAAUACUCAAGAGUCUCCGGAGCUGGUCUCCGGGGCAGCAGGUAGCCUAGCGGUUAGAGAGUUGGGCAAGUAACCGAAAGGUUGCUGGUUUGAAUCCCCAAGGUGAAAAACCUGUCAAUGUGCCCUUGAGCAAGGCACUUAACCCUAAUUGCUACAGUUUCGCGUUGAAUGGCGGACCCUGUCCAUGACCCCACUCUCCGAGGGUGUCUCAGGGAGAGUGGGAUGUGCAAAAAACAUAUUACGUGUGAAAUAGGACAAAUACAGCGGGGAGAACAAGUAUUUGAUACACUGCCGAUUUUGCAGGUUUUCCUACUUACAAAGCAUGUAGAGGUCUGUCAUAUAUAUCACAGGUACACUUCAACUGUGAGAGACGGAAUCUAAAACAAAAAUCCAGAAAAUCACAUUGUAUGAUUUUUAAGUAAUUCAUUUGCAUUUUAUUGCAUGACAUAAGUAUUUGAUCACCUACCAACCAGUAAGAAUUCCGGCUCUCACAGAAAUGUUCGUUUUUCUUUAAGAAGCCCUCCUGUUCUCCACUCAUUACCUGUAUUAACUGCACCUGUUUGAACUCGUUACCUGUAUAAAAGACACCUGUCCACACACUCAAUUAAACAGACUCCAACCUCUCCACAAUGGCCAAGACCAGAGAGCUGUGUAAGGACAUCAGGGAUAAAAUUGUAGACCUGCACAAGGCUGGGAUGGGCUACAGGACAAUAGGCAAGCAGCUUGGUGAGAAGGCAACAACUGUUGGCGCAAUUACUAGAAAAUGGAAGAAGUUCAAGAUGACGGUCAAUCACUCUCGGUCUGAAGCUUCAUGCAAGAUCUCACCUCGUGGGGCAUCAAUGAUCAUGAGGAAGGUGAGGGAUCAGCCCAGAACUACAUGGCAGGAUCUGGUCAAUGACCUGAAGAGAGCUGGGACCACAGUCUCAAAGAAAACCAUUAGUAACACACUACGCCGUCAUGGAUUAAAAUCCUGCAGCGCACGCAAGGUCCCCCUGCUCAAGCCAGCGCAUGUCCAGGCCCGUCUGAAGUUUGCCAAUGACCAUCUGGAUGAUCCAGAGGAGGAAUGGGAGAAGGUCAUGUGGUCUGAUGAGACAAAAAUAGAGCUUUUUGGUCUAAACUCCACUCGCCGUGUUUGGAGGAAGAAGAAGGAUGAGUACAACCCCAAGAACACCAUCCCAACCGUGAAGCAUGGAGGUGGAAACAUCAUUCUUUGGGGAUGCUUUUCUGCAAAGGGGACAGGACGACUGCACCGUAUUGAGGGGAGGAUGGAUGGGGCCAUGUAUCGCGAGAUCUUGGCCAACAACCUCCUUCCCUCAGUAAGAGCAUUGAAGAUGGGUCGUGGCUGGGUCUUCCAGCAUGACAACGACCCGAAACACACAGCCAGGGCAACUAAGGAGUGGCUCCGUAAGAAGCAUCUCAAGGUCCUGGAGUGGCCUAGCCAGUCUCCAGACCUGAACCCAAUAGAAAAUCUUUGGAGGGAGCUGAAACUCCGUAUUGCCAAACGACAGCCCCAAAACCUGAAGGAUCUGGAGAAGGUCUGUAUGGAGGAGUGGGCCAAAAUCCCUGCUGCAGUGUGUGCAAACCUGGUCAAGACCUACAGGAAACAUAUGAUCUCUGUAAUUGCAAACAAAGGUUUCUGUACCAAAUAUGAAGUUCUGCUUUUCUGAUGUAUCAAAUACUUAUGUCAUGCAAUAAAAUGCAAAUUAAUUACUUAAAAAUCAUACAAUGUGAUUUUCUGGAUUUUUGUUUUACAUUCCGUCUCUCACAGUUGAAGUGUACCUAUGAUAAAAAUGUCAGACCUCUACAUGCUUUGUAAGUAGGAAAACCUGUAAAAUCGGCAGUGUAUCAAAUACUUGUUCUCCCCACUGUAUAAGCACCCACCAAAUGAUUCUGUUAUACUAUUCUAUUUUUGUCUCUCAGUGAUAUUUAAGGGAAGUGUGUUUCUUUUUCAUGUCACCUCCUCAUCUCCCAUACCAGACUGUUUGACAUGGAGUAAGUAUUGCCUUGAAUAAUUGAUUACAACCAGCUGUAUUUGUAGAUUCCACACAUUCCAAUAGUCUUUGCUCGUUAGCUCUCGCUGACAUUUGAAAUCAUACUAUUGCAAUCUAAAAAUCUCCAGAAAUGUUUGCAGGAACGUUGACUUCUUCUACCAGCUGUCAUUGUGGCCAUGGUGAUAGUUAUUGUUUUCAUCGCUCUCCCAGGAACUUGGAGCUGCUUGUCACUCUGCCUGGUGGGGACAGUGUGAGGGGGUUCUUCAUGGUCACUCUAUUGGUGGAGCUGGCUGCGGUGCCAGCCAUCAAGGUGAAGGCCUCUUCUGAAACACACAGAGCUGUAAAAUGAGAUGCCCAAUUGGUCACACGCAAUGGUGUUGUAUUAUGUAGUUUGCUUUAUGAUGCUUUGUUCAAAUUGAUGUUCAUUUCUGUGUUUCUGAGUGACAUUCUGAUUGUUAAUGUGGGUGUGUUUCAGAGUAUUCCUCUGGUUAUUAAUGGUGUCCAGUGUGGUGAUGCUGAGACUGUGACAAGAGCACUAGAGGAAAUCAGCCAGGCCAUGGAGGGCAUGACAGAUGCACUCAAACUGAUGCAUGGUACUACAACUGAAACAGAUGUUUUACUGCGUUGAUAUUCAGUCCAGUUCACCUGCAUUCUCAGCAUAUAGAUGUCUCUUAUGUUGUUCCAGCAUAUGUCGAGCCAGAAGUAUUCUAUGGCAUUAUAAGGAUCUAUCUGUCUGGGUAAGUACUGAACACCCCUAGUAGGCCUAGACAAUACAAAAAAUUAGUUUAUUUGUCUGACAAAAGUGAAUGACACAUAUCAUAUACAUAUAAUAUAUGAUUGUAUUCAUAAUGUAUGGCUGUAUGUGUGUGGAUCAGGUGGAAAGAUAACUCAUCCAUGCCGGCUGGGUUGGUGUAUGAGGGCAUCCAGGCAGAGCCUAUGGAGUAUUCUGGUGGGAGUGCUGCCCAGAGCAGUCUGCUACACUGCUUUGAUGAGCUGCUAGGAGUCAAACAUGAGGAAAAGAGUGGUAAGAAAGCAAAGGUAGACAGGUCCAGAGGAGUCAAUAUUACCACACAAUAAUUAAUCAAUGUUUUGCAGAGAUAUGUAUGGCUGUGUUAACAAGUACAUCUUAACAGGUGUUUUCUUUGGCAAUAAGGAAAUGUUCACUUAAAACCACAAAGAGUUAGGACGGUGGAGUCGUGUUAUACAGAUGUGGCUGCACGUCUACAACAUAAUGGCAUGGCAUUGUAUUUACAUAGACAUAUUUUUUUUACACAAAGGUCUCCUAAAGAUGUUAUUUCCACUGAGGGUGAAUAUGCUAUCUACUUGUACAGGUGCCUUUCUGACCCGUAUGAGAAACUACAUGCCCCCUUCCCACAAGCAUCUGAUCCAGGACAUAUCUCUGCAGCCCUCCCUGAGAGGCUUUGUCCAGCAGCAGGCCAGUGAGCUGCUGACCAAAGCGUUUCAGCUCUGUGUGACCAAGCUAAUGGCCCUCCGCAGCUACCACAUCAACGUGGUCAGCCGCUUCAUCACUGUGCCCGCUGCCCGUGCCCGCCAGCUCCGAAGUCAGGGCAACAGUUCCCAGGAGGAGACUGUCAGCAGGGCGCCCACGGCUCUGGAGGAGACGGGCACCGGCGGCUCGGGCAUCAUGAGCUUCCUAAAGACUGUGAGGGACCGCACACGGGACGUCUCCCUGCCUCUGGACAACAAGGCCUUGCAGAUGAGCCCAAACGGAGCACAACCUCAAAACACACAUCACGCAACUCAACAAACACAUCUGCAAUCUAACACACUUUAGAGACACUUUUAUACAUCUGUUUAAUAAAUUAAUGAAAUGACUGGAAAUUAUGAGAGGUUUGUGCAUGACUUGUUGCUCUAUCAAGGUUUGAUGUCUGACUAAACGAGUCCUGGUGUUAUUGACAUGGUCUGUAUAAAAGAUGCCAUUCUUUCAGUCCAAACCUUAAUUUAAACCAUCAGUGUUCGUUUCCAAUAAAUGCAACCACUAAUCUCUUUAUUCAAUCUAAAAUAGAAUGUUAAAUAUGCAUCGGAUGACUAGUCCAGACUGUGCUCAUACCACAACCCCAACUCCUGGAUGGCAUUUGGUCAUAGUCAGAAAACUCGCACUGAUCCCCAGGGCAGUUUAACCCUCGGAUGCAUAGUAAACAUGACGCCCCAAGAAUGCAUAUGCCAGGUCAAAAUGACCCGAUAAUGUAAUAUCUGUGUUUUAUUUAUAUGGGACUAAAAUGUUAUCAAUUUUGUGGAACAUAAUUAUUUUGAGUGAUGAUUUGGACCUUUCAAUAAUUAUUUUAU